AGCGGGCGAGAAAAGCCGACAAAACCCGUCGGUGCGGCGGGCUGCGCGCUGCUCCCUCCGCUCGCCCCCGCGCCCUCCCGUCCCGUCCCGCUCCGACCCGACCCGUCCCGUCCCGUCCCGACCCGCCGGGCCAGUUCUGCCGCCCGCUGCCUCCUCCAGACAUGACCCAGGACUACGACAAUAAAAGACCCGUGCUGGUUCUUCAGAAUGACUCUCUCUACUCCCAGAGACGUCCGUACACCAGCGAAGAUGAAGCCUGGAAAUCCUUUCUUGAAAAUCCCCUUACGGCAGCUACCAAGGCUAUGAUGAGCAUCAACGGCGAUGAAGACAGCGCGGCUGCCCUCGGACUGCUGUACGAUUACUACAAGGUGCCAAGGGAGAGGAGAUCUUCGACAGCUAAACCAGAGGUGGAACAUCCUGACCAAGACCAUAGCAAAAGGAACAGCAUCCCGAACGUGACGGAACAAUCGCUUAUUUCUGCCGGAGAAAACAGAGUCCAGGUCCUGAAGAAUGUGCCUUUCAAUAUCGUCCUUCCGCACACGCCCCAGAUGGGCAUGGACAAGAGGGGCCACCUCACCACCCCUGACACGACCGUCACCGUCUCCAUCGCGACGAUGCCCACCCACUCCAUCAAAACGGAGACCCAGCCCCACGGCUUCGCGGUGGGCAUCCCUCCGAGCGUCUACCACCCCGAGCCCCCCGAGCGGGUGGUGGUGUUUGACAGGAACCUCAAUCCCGACCAGUUCAACUCCAACACCCAGCCGCAGAACUCCCAGAGGCGGACGCCGGACUCGACCUUCUCCGAGACCUUCAAGGAAGGCGUGCAAGAGGUUUUCUUUCCUGCUGAACUGAAUCUCCGGAUGACCAACAUGAAUUCAGAAGAUUAUGUGUUUGACAGUAUUUCUGGGAAUAACUUUGAAUACACCCUGGAAGCCUCCAAGUCCCUCCGGCAGAAGCCAGGGGACAGCACGAUGACUUACCUAAACAAAGGCCAAUUCUACCCGAUCACGCUGAAAGAAGUGAGCAGCAGCGAAGGAAUCCAUCACCCCAUCAGCAAAGUCCGAAGUGUCAUCAUGGUGGUGUUUGCUGAAGACAAAACAAGAGAAGAUCAGCUCAGGCACUGGAAGUACUGGCACUCGAGACAGCACACAGCCAAACAAAGAUGCAUUGACAUAGCUGACUACAAGGAGAGCUUCAACACCAUCAGCAACAUCGAGGAGAUCGCCUACAACGCCAUUUCCUUCACCUGGGACAUCAACGAGGAGGCGAAGGUUUUCAUUUCUGUGAACUGCCUCAGCACAGAUUUCUCCUCUCAGAAGGGGGUGAAAGGCCUGCCCCUGAAUCUUCAGAUUGACACCUAUAGCUACAAUAACAGGAGUAACAAGCCCGUGCACAGAGCCUACUGCCAGAUUAAAGUCUUCUGCGACAAGGGAGCGGAAAGGAAGAUCAGGGAUGAAGAGCGAAAGCAAAGCAAAAGAAAAGGCAAGUGCACUGACCCCAGCUCUCAGUUGAAUGCCUUCUCCGACGUCAAAGUGCCCAUGCUUCCCUCGCACAAGCGCACGGACAUCACCAUCUUCAAGCCCUUCAUGGACCUAGACACGCAGCCAGUCCUCUUCAUUCCCGACGUUCACUUUGCGAAUCUGCAGCGCGGUGCUCACGUCCUUCCUGUUGCUUCUGAAGAGCUGGAGGGCGAAAGCUCCAACCUGAAGAGAGGAGCUUAUAUUGGUGAAGAGGACUUCAUCGCUAGUCCUAAUAAGAUGGCCAGAAUAGAAGAACCAAAAAGAGUGUUGCUGUAUGUCCGAAAAGAGUCGGAAGAAGUCUUCGAUGCGCUUAUGUUAAAGACCCCGUCUCUGAAAGGCCUAAUGGAAGCUAUAUCUGACAAGUACGAUGUUCCUUUUGAUAAAAUAGGGAAGAUCUUCAAAAAGUGUAAAAAAGGAAUUCUGGUCAACAUGGACGACAACAUCGUGAAACACUAUUCUAAUGAAGAUACCUUCCAGCUGCAGAUCGAAGAAGUCGGGGGAUCUUACAAGCUCACUCUCACCGAGAUCUAAGAUCGCUGAUCCUCUGUGGAUUUUAAACAAAGGUCUCGAGUGAACAUUUUCCCAUAAUUCGGUGUGUUGGGUAAAACGCUAGUCACCUUCUCCAGGAGCAAGCCAGGUGUCGGCUCGUUCUGGGGAUCAGAGUAGUGGUUUUGCUUAACACCUUUGUGUUUCUGUCCUUUCCGGAGAAGGUGGUAACGCUCGUGGCCUUAUUUGCACUUGAAAUGAGCGAGCGAAGACCAGCAAUUAAAUAGAGAGCAUGUAUAAAACACUAGUAACUACGGGAGGGGAAAAAACCCUUGGAAGGUGGCCUUUUAGAGUGGUGAUAUCGUAUUUAUCUCUUCAGUACCCGCGUGUGAGCCUGUUCUCAGCCAAUAGCGUUGUGUCGGACUGUUUUCUGUUAGGUAGAGCUGCGGAACUACUACUUGACACUAGGAGGAAUUGCGGCAGGUCGGAGAAAAGUCUUUGUGAUGUUUACUCCUUAACAGGGCAGGUUGUUGAGAUCACUUGUGUCAUUGGGGGGCGGGGGGGGGGGGACGUAAAAACUGCCUUGCUUAUGAAGAACUCGCCUUAGUAACUGUGUGAACUCUCAUCAGAUGAAGCUAUAUUGUAUAUAAGUGCAAUAUAUUUUUGAAGGUUUGUAAAUGUGUACAUACGAGUGAUAUAUAUAUAUAAUAUAUAUAAAAUAUGGUGUUCGUGUACAUACCGCGAAUAUACGCAAUGAAGCCCAUCGAAAAGGAUGCCGUAUGCGGGGGAAACAGGUAUUUAACGUAGCUAUUUAAAAACGGACAAACCCUUAACCCGCGCCGAAGGUGAGCACGCGUUUGGACGUCGGCAGAACGCCCCCAGACCUCCUCCUCCAGCACGCGUCUUCCUCCGCGGAGGGAAAGGUACCGGCUCUCUCCUAAACCCCGAAGCCUCCUGGAGGGUGCGUUUUGGUCUGCAGCAGCGCGCUUAAAGCUCCCCCAGACCCUCCCUGAGCCUGGCGGUGAACGUUUACCCCAACGGCAGCUCAGGCAGGAUGAACCCAUGGGGGAGAGGCGGUUUGCAAGCAUGUCGAGAGCUGGAAGCGAGGCUUGUGGCCCAGGAAAGCUGCCUCCUGCUGCAGCAGGCGGGGUGGUAUUUGGGGAGUUGGGGGCUGAACAUUCCUGGCGCGCAUCAAAAGGGGGGGGAGACCAAGCGAGGGCAGCUGGUAGCACGAGCCCUGAGCCCAGGUGGCAGCAAGGAGAGCCAGAAACCUCCCCAAGCUGCUGUUGUGCCACAUUUGUGCUUAUGAAGGCAAGGGAAGGCGCCCUCUGAUCAGCAGUGAGUGAGGGGUGCACAGGGGAAGGGCAGCACUGGGCUCUAGGGCAAAAACCUGCGUUAUCGGGUGGCAUGUGAGCAGGGAAGGGCGAGCGCUGCGUCGAUUCCCCUCUGUUUUCGGUAGCGAUCUGGAUUCACGAUCGGUUUGUCGUGUUUUCAGGCAGAGCAGAGCUGGGAAGAGCUGCACGCAGUUCGCCUAGGACGGGGAGGUUGCUCUGGCGAGGAUGGAGACGUAGGAUGUAGGGCUCUACCCAGCGGUACCGGUGCCGCUUCAUCGACGCUCGGUUAGGAUUUGCUGCUUGGGGCAGGGAGGCCAAAUGCCACGCCGAGUUUUAUAAACAGGAGUAGAGCCCGCAGGAAACAGGAGACCCGCCUUUUGCUCUACUUGGCACCGAGAAAGCCCCAGCUGGAGCCUCGUGCCCUGUUUUGAGCCUGGCCCUCCCCGGCGAGCGCCGUCCCACUGGAGGGGCUCGGGGCUCGUGCCCCACGAGGAAGGACCGGGGCAUGGAGCUCGGGGCGAGCUUCCCCGGCGAGGGCUGAGGAGCCAAGUCCUAAACGUGUCGAAGCGUUCUGCCAGUCCGGUGCGAACAGAGCGCCAGGUAGUGGGCUUAAAUCGCAGAAAUUCAGGUUUACACAUUCAGAAGGUUGUUUAGUGUUUUUUUUUGUUUUGUUUUUCCUAGUGACAGGAACAGGUCGGCCUGGGAGGCUGUGGUGUUUGGCAGCGGGGGUCUGCAGAGCUGGGCCAGGGCUCGUUGGUCGUGGCCUUGUGCUGAACCCAGGUGGCCGCCUGAAAUCCCUCCCCACCAUAUUUUAUUUUAUUUUUUAUUAUUGUUUUAUGACUUAGCGAGACAUGAGUAUUUCGGGGUUUGUGUUCGGGAUCCUGAGCCGGGUCCUACACCGGGCGCCACGUCCUCUCCUCCUCCUCGCGCGGUGCCAGGAGCCGAGCCGGCGCCGCGGGGUGACGGCCACCACGUCCAGCACGAGGACGGAGCCCGGGGGUCCGUGAGCCGCAGGAGAGCAGCGCGGCGCCGUGACCCCGCGGACGCCCGCCGUCCCCUGCGAGCACUCGGACUUGCGUCGGACCUGCCCUUUGGGCUUCCCCUCACCUUCCGGGGAAUCGAGUUACUAUGGCAAGGGAACUUUUUUAAACUUGGUAUAUAGAUACGGAAUAUAUAUAUAUAUAUAUAUAUAUAUUUACACGUUUUUGUCGAAAAUGGAAGUUUUGUGGCAGAACCUCAGGCUCGGGGCAGGGCGGUAGCCGUAGCCUGCGCAGAGGUAGGGCGGUAGUUCCUCGCUGAUAACCCACGGCUGCGAACCCAGGCCUGCCGCUUUGUUUUCCCCCGGGGACAAGGGGCUUAGGACAGUAGCAGCGCUGUCGUGUAUUGUGGCGUUUUUGUGGUUCCUCCUGCUGUGUUUUGUAACCCCAAGUGUAUUUUACACCGAGCUAUUAAAUUUUAUAUGGUCA